GUUAUGGUUACUACAAUUAUGGUAUGUUAAGUCAAUCAUCGUUAGUUUUAUACACAAAUUCCUGUUUUAUUUUGAUGUUUACGGCUGGAAAGUGCUUCAUAUGAGUUUCUUCAAAGUAAGGGCUGUAGAAUCUUGUUUUAGCGCUUUUAUUGUGAAACGCCAUCGAACCGGAAGUAGUGUUGCUGUAUUGGUUAGCGAGGCUAGCAAUGGACCGGUCUGGUGGAGCAUCGUGGAGGCCACCCCGAGCCUGUGAUGACUACUGGAGUGAAUUCAAACACUGCAAAAGCUUGAGGAACCGUUUCCACCACUAUUACGCUUACGGUACUUCCCCAUCCUGCCAGCAGUGGAAAGAGGACUACCAUAACUGCAGAGAGUGGGAGAAACACAGAGGCAUAGAGGCCAAGGAAGCUUUGCAGAAGAGUGAGAGGAACAGAGUCGCAGAGCAGAAAAACUUCACCCCAGUGUGGGAACUAAGGCGAGACCCUCCCAGAGACUGGCACAUGCCCCUGAAUCAGGAAAAGCCCCAGGACUCCUGAACUGUCACUAAUGACCUGCUGUCUUUGUUCCAUGGCGGCGAAAGCAAAGUGAAAUGAAGAUUCAAAAUUCUUGUCACAUAACAGACUUAAUGAAAUCGUUCAGAGCCAUGUGCUGGAGAGACUGGUCAUCACAUAUUGCCACCUCCAGCUCUACUCAGUGAGCCUCUGAAUGGAAACAGUGGUAGCAGCACCUAGUGGUCAAUGAUGGGGAUGACAGCGUGUAUUCAACUAAUGAAUUACAAUAUGAUCUCUGCAAGGGCAGUGUUGGGGUUGUUGUUUUUUUUGUUUUGUUUUUUUGCCCAUUAUAAAUAAUUCUCUAAAGCUUGUGUAAACUGAACCACAAAGGCUGACUUCACUCAGUCUCAUUGUAAAUGAGUUUUAAUAGUAAUUGCCUUGUUUUUCUGUGUACAGUGUAAGAAAAGGGCAGUAACGGGUCAAAUUAUGCAGUGGAUAUAUUUUUAAAAUUCCAUAUUUAAACCAAGAAACAAAGGAUCUAUUGUGCAUUGUUUAGGUAAGUUAUAAAGUAAAAUGUUAAUGCUCCACUAGAAUGUAAUAACAUGUAAUAUGCAGCCUUUGUUGGUAUCGAACGGGCGAGUUGGCCUGAGUAAGCCUUUCAGCAUUUCUCAAAAGGACCAUAUGAAUUGUCUUCAACCAAGGUAAAUAUUCUUCUUUUUGAUGCUGUAGAUACUUGUCCAUGAUAAUAUAUUAUUAAUACAUUAAUGACAGAAUUCAGCUUCACAGUAUCACCUCACACAGAGUUGUGCAUUUGCAGUUUUCUGCCUUAUGUAAUCUAAUAUGGCUUUACCCUUUAACUGUCUAAAAUUACUCUGAAAAAAUUGGAUCAAUAAAAAAAGUACACUUUA